UAUAAACCUCAGGCGCUGGGUUGGGCUGUCCGGAGGAAGGGGUCCUUUUCCCUUAGCGGAUGAAGGAUUUUAGCCCGUUACUUGGUAAAGAUGGCAGCUAACAACGCAGUGCUGAACAGGCUGGAGCAGAAGGGUGCAGAGGCUGAUCAAGUUAUUGAAUACCUCAAGCAACAAGUUGCUCUGCUCAAGGAGAAAGCUAUCUUGCAGGCAUCUCUCAGAGAAGAGAAGAAACUCCGUGUGGAAAAUGCUAAACUGAAGAAAGAAAUUGAGGGGCUCAAACAGGAGCUGAUUCAGGCAGAAAUUCGAAAUGGAGUAAAACAGAUUGCAGUUCCUCCUGGCACAACAGCUACGUUUCCAGAUGCUGUUCCACAGCCUACAGCAGUUGCAUCAUCUCCUGGUUCCAAAGAUCAAGUGAAAGGUGAAGAUGAAGAAAAGAAAAAGAAUGAAAAAGUAGGAAAAAAAGGUGAGAAGAAGGAGAAGAAACAGCAGCCAGCUGCUGGAAGUAGUGAUGAAAAACCUAUAGAUGUUUCUCGUCUGGAUCUUCGUGUUGGCUGCAUUAUUACUGCCAAAAAGCAUCCAGAUGCUGACACACUCUAUGUUGAAGAAGUGGAUGUUGGUGAAGGAAGCCCAAGGACUGUUGUCAGUGGUUUAGUGAAACACGUUCCUCUGGAUCAGAUGCAGAACCGGAUGGCAAUACUACUCUGUAACUUGAAGCCUGCAAAGAUGAGAGGAGUAGUGUCUCAGGCUAUGGUGAUGUGUGCCAGUUCCCCAGAGAAAGUGGAAAUUUUGGCUCCCCCAUCUGGGGCAGUGCCUGGGGACAGAAUCGUGUUUGAAGGUUUUCCUGGAGAUCCUGAGAAGGAACUUAAUCCCAAGAAGAAGAUUUGGGAGCAAAUCCAACCUGAUCUGCAUACCAAUGACCAAUGUGUUGCUACUUACAAAGGAGUUCCAUUUGAAGUGAAAGGAAAAGGAGUCUGCAGGGCAGAGACCAUGGCAAACAGCGGAAUUAAAUAAAUUAAUGGUUGUUAUAAGCUUUUUCAUAUGUUGAAAUGGAAAGUAAUGCCAGCACAAUAAAGAAACAUACUACCCCUCUGAAAUGCAUGACUAAUACCUCUUCUGUUUGACUCUUCCUCCAGAGGUACAGAAUGUGUUGUCUCAAGUACUUUCAUUCAUUCACCUUGCUUGCUGUCCUUCAAACUAAGUGUUGUCAACAGUCAUUAGCCACUCAGUGUGCAAGACUGGAUUGCCAAGGCUUGCUCAUGGUAGAACUACAGGCAGACAAGUAUUUUCUGGACAAAUGAAAGAUUUAGAGGAUCUAUAGAGCAGGAGUACCUCAAUAAGGAAAAAAUUCUACCAUAUUCCUUGAGUGCUAACUACAUUUCAAGAGAUACAGGACUAACAGUUGGCAGUGAAGGCCACAAUUGUCUUCAUUCUUCUAGUCACCUUUUAAUAGUAUUUCCUCCUCCCAAGCAUUUUUUUGUUGUUGUUGGCUGUGUUUUCUCAGUAGUCUGCAGAAAUCUGUAAUGGGAAGAUUAAACUAUGAUCCUUUAUGCCCUGCAUGUACAAAUGGGCAUCCUUUCAUGUUCCACAGUUAAGUUUCUAUAAUGCCAAUAAGGUUGACACUGUCACUUCACUAACAUAGUUCCAUCUAGUCCACCUAGAUAAUUCCUUCCAGAUGGUAGCUAGGACUAAGGAUGAAAAGCAGAUAGAUGACAAGAGUUAAUUUAUUUUAUUUU